AGAGGAAACCUAUCGACGAAGUAUGAAAAUCUGUCCGAUAUCAGUGCAUGAUUGAUACGAGGAAUUGGAGUUACUUGGCUGAACAAUGCAAGCAAUAAGAACACAGUUCGACACAAACACCUGCAUCGUCUUCCUGAAGAAUUCUACUACUACUAGUACCACUGUACCAGUUGCCAUUUGAAGCCACUUUUUUGCUUCUUGGCCAAAGAACAAAACUCAAUACACUCUGUUGCCAUCCCUUCUCACUUCAUUUCCCCACUCCAAUUCCUGGACAUCCCAAUGUACCGCCAACGUGAGACAAAUCCUCACUUCCUCCCACGCCAGAGCGAUCCAGUACUCGAGUUUACCCCACAAACACGACCUCCGCGCUCAAGGCCGCAGGGCCGCACGUCGAUAGAACCACCUCAUGGCCCCACACCUCAACCUCCAAUGCCACAGAGCCACACUUCAAUAGAACCACCUCACGGUCCAAGGCCUCAACCCCCAAUCCAGCAGCCUCAGCCACAAGUGAAGGUACCGCCACCGGAUCAAGUUAAUGCACCACCUCAACCCCGCCAAGAAUCCAGGCCUCAACAGCCGCAUUCUCAGCCACUCGGCUCGCAGCCUUCUGGAGGUGGCCAGCAUUCAGCUCCACAAGGACAUUCGGGCCACCACCACCAUCAUCCUUUUCUACGGGCACCCAUGUCUCGACGGACAAGGCCUGUAGCCUGGCUGGUGGCAGCAUUUUGUACACUCUUCUGGAUAAUCAUCAUUGUUGGUGGCCUCAUUAUCCUCAUAGUCUACCUUGUGUUCCGGCCACGAAACCCGAGGUUCGACAUCUCCACCGGCACAUUCAAUGCCGCCUACCUCGACAUGGGCUAUCUACUCAAUGCCGAUGUCACCUUGCUAGCCAACUUCACCAAUCCAAAUACCAAGGUGAACAUUGAUUUCAGCUACGUUAUCUUGGAUCUUUACUAUGAAAAGAACUUCAUCGCCACACAUUACAUCAAUCCAUUUUCUGUGAUGAGGAUGGAAUCCAGGUUUGCCACUGUGCACAUGGUGGCUAGCCAGGUGAGGCUCUCAAUGGGACAUAGCAUGGAGCUACAGAGACAGAUGGAGGGUGGAAGAAUUAACUUUGAGAUCAGGGGUAUGUUUAGGACAAGGUCUAAACUGGGAGGCCUUUUCCAGUACUCAUAUUGGUUGUAUGCGCAUUGUGAGAUCGUGGUCACGGGCCCUCCCACUGGAGUUUUGAUCGGAAAAAAAUGUGAGACAAAGAGGUGAUAGGGAGAGAAAAAAGGGAACAGAGAGCAAAAAUGGUGCAGUGUUUUUCACCAUUCCUGAGCAGGGUUGAUCAUUAUUUGCUGGUCAUGAACCUCAAGAUUAUAACUUUCUUGUCAUGGUUGAACUUGUAUUACCCUUUGUAUUGAUUUCUUUGAUUUUAUUCUGAAAAGUUGGACACCAGUUCUAAUUUCGUAGGUGUCCAUCUGUUGGUGAACGAUCCAGUGUUCCAAUUUUCUCAUUCCAACAAAGAGAAUGGAAUGUCUUUAACUUUAUAGUGACAAACUCAGCAAGCAUUCCAAAAUCUGUUUUUACAGUGGA